AUGGUAGAUGAUGGACAGCUUAGAAGAAGAGGAGAGAUUGUGAACGCAGGACAUAAGAGGAGGCAAAUACCAGAAAGUGAUCGUGCGGAGGAGACGGCAGCUUCCAGGGAUGCUGAUGAUCGACGGCUCAGACAAGGAGGAGAGGUUGUGAGUGCUUGCUCACGACGCAUGAGGCAACAGAUAUGGGACUGUUUGCGAGAUGACAAUAUUUCAGUGUUCUCAGUUUGGGGAUGGCAGGGUGUGGGGAAGUCACGGAUCGUGAGACAGGUGGUUGCAGCGGUGAUGGAUGAAUCCAGAGAAUCUAGCCGUCUGUUUGAUGUGAUCAUACGAGUAAGAGCACCGGGGGUCGAGAGUCUUGCUGAGAAUAUGCAGGCAAGACUCAAAGGAGAAUAUGACCGUUUGCAAAAAGAGGGCAUUGCGGAAUCGUCUGUGAAGAGAAGCAUUUUAAAGGCGAUGGAUAAAAAGGGGAGAAGGAAUCGUUUAAUGGAGGUACAGAUGGGAAUGAAGGAGGCAUUGGAUAUCACAAAGUCCAUCAACUUCUACGCUGCUGCUAAACAAAUCUCGGCUAAGCUAAGCGGCCAGAGGUUCCUCCUCGUCUUAGAAGAUGUUUGGGAAAGCAUCAACUUGGAAGAGAUGGGAGUUCCAGUCAUGGCCCCUGCUUUCACCAUCGACAGCAAAGUGGUGAUCACAACUCAAUCCCAAGAAGUCUGUAACGAAAUGAAAGCCCAAGUAAACAUCAGGGUGGGGGAGUGGUCUGAAGAAGACGCCUGGGAUUUUUUACAGGAAGAGGCAGCGGAUGUUUCUGCCAGCAUUGGUUUCUCAAUAACCAGAGACAUGGUCUUCAAAUGCUUCUCUUACAUCUCCUUGCUCUGUCGAAACCGAUGCUCCAUCGAUGCAGAUUCCUUGAUAGAAGAGUAUUGGAGGUCGGUGGGCUUUUUAGAUGGAUUCUUCAAUGAGGAAGAGAAUAAAGAAGCGGCUUUCAAGAGAAUGGGGAAUGUACUGCUCAAAGAGCUUGCGGAGAGGUGCAUGGUGCUAUUGUCCCUGGUGCCAUCAAACCCAAAUUACCUAAGCUCCUUUCUAGAUAGGUGGGAAAUUUAUUUUUGGAGAGACUUAUCAAAAGUUCAAUCUAUGGAAGGGGAAUUUAUGGAUUGGCUACAAAAGCAAUUGACAAUGGAGGUAUCUUCGGGAGGACAAUAUCAUGUGGAUAUGAAUUCUCAGGUGAUGGAAGUGAUUGGUUCUCAGACUUUCCUAAUGAAGUACAGCUUAGAUAGGGAAGAAUCAUGCCAAUGGAUCUCAUUAUCCAAUAAUCAGGUAGAAACACUCCCAUUCCGCUCUCCAAAUUGCCCUCUUCUCUCAACAUUGUUGCUAAAAAACAAUGAUCAUUUGCAAGAAAUCGCAGAUGGUUUUUUCCAGAACAUGACCAAACUCCAAGUCCUCGACAUUUCUUUCACAAGCAUCGCUUCCCUGCCCUCAUCCAUGUCCUCCCUGUGUGAAUUACGGUUGUUGAAGCUUCGAAGUUGCUGCAAGCUAGAGACUCUUCCUGCAUUCCUAAGGGAUAUGCAGAAGCUUGAGAUCCUUAAUCUCCAUCAAACUCCCUUGACGAAGAUGGUGGAGGUAUCCUUCCACAACAUGCAAAGCCUCUGACAUCUCAACAUCUCAGUUGCCUGCAACCUCAGUCGGCUCUCGCUCAAGGGUUGUGUCUCUCUAGUGAGACUGGUUAGCCUAGUUAAACUUUCAAAACUUGAGGCACUUGAUCUUUCAGGCACGAAAAUGGAAGAGCUCCCACACAAAAU